CACAUUCCAUAUUGUGAUCGUCCAUCUUCCUUCUGCUCGUCUCCUUUGUUUGAAUUCUUCCAUAUUGACUCAGAGUACUCGAUGGGCUGAAAUAUUGGCAGCCUGAGCUUUUCUCCCGUCACGAACCCGCACACACCAUGGCCGAGGAUACAGUUGCUCAGAUCAUUGUCAACAGCUUGUACAAUGCUGGAGUCCGAUAUGUCUUCGGUGUCCCAGGAGCCAAGAUAGAUGCCAUAUUCGAUUGUCUUGAAGACCACCCUGAGAUCAAGCUCAUUGUCGCCCGACACGAGCAGAAUGCAGCGUUCAUGGCGGCGGCGUUAGGCCGCAUCACUGGUACACCCGGGGUUUGCAUAGCCACCAGCGGACCAGGAGCAAGUAACCUCGCGACCGGUCUUGUCACUGCGAACACAGAAUGUGACCCUGUCGUUGCUCUGAUUGGUAGUGUCCCGCGAGCAAUGCAGCUGCACAGGACUCACCAAAGCAUGAAAGCCCUUGACAUCCUGGGACCAACCUCAAAAAUGGCCGUCUCAAUCGACGUCGAGGACCAGGCUGCCGAGGUCAUCUUGAAUGCCUUCAGAACAACUUCUUCCUCGCCAAAGGGGACCGCCGUCAUUAGCAUUCCCAUUGAUGUCUCCAAAAACAAAUCCAAGAUUUUGCCGUUCCAAAGCCAGGCCUUUCUUCCACCGAAAUAUGGCACAGCUCCUACCUCGCACCUUGAUGAGGUCAUCUCGAUGAUUCAAAAUGCGAAGCUUCCCGUUCUGUUUCUUGGACUGCGAGCCAGCGCUCCGAGAGUCGUCGAUGAAGUACGCAAGCUGCUCUCAAAGUUCCCCCUUCCGACGGUCGAAACGUUUCAAUCGGCCGGGGCAAUCUCCAAAGAACUAGUACACGUCUUCUAUGGCCGUGUUGGUCUUUUCAGAAACCAGUGCGGCGACAAAUUGCUGGCAAAAUCUGACUUGAUUCUGUCUGUCGGCUACGACCCGGUCGAGUACGAUGCAAGCGCUUGGAAUCCCAAAGGCGACGGACGCAUUGUUCAUAUCGACGUUACUGCCGCAGACUAUGGGGUAGCUUAUCGCCCCAUUCUGGAACUGGUCGGCUCGAUCGCUGAGAACGUUGCCUACAUCUCGAAGCAUUUACAGCACAUUCCCGAGGCCUCGAUCUCAGACAUGUGCCAGAGUCUCCGGGAGGAAUACCUCUCGUGGCAGGAGCUACCUGAUGUGAAACGGUCAUCCGGUCUUGUCCAUCCGCUCCAUUUCAUCACUGUUCUCCAAAGUCUCGUGUCUAAAGACACCACAGUCUGUGUCGACGUAGGCAGCGUCUACAUUUACUUUAUGAGAUACUUCUUCGCCUACGAGCCUCGCCGGCUCCUGUGCUCAAAUGGGCAGCAAACACUAGGUGUAGGUCUUCCUUGGGCCAUUGGCGCAAGUCUUGCACAACAACCUCCAUGCUCCGAGAAAGUCGUCUCAGUCAGCGGCGACGGCGGCUUUAUGUUCUCGUCCCAGGAAAUGUCGACCGCUGUCCAACAAGGGUGUAACAUCACCCACUUCAUCUGGAAUGAUGAGCAUUUCAACAUGGUCGAGUUUCAGGAGGUGAUGAAAUACAAUCGCUCAUCAGGUGUAAAGCUGGGUGGCGUGGAUUUUGUCAAGUUUGCUGAGAGCUUCGGCGCCAAGGGCUUUCGGAUUUCCGAUUCAUCUCAGGUGGAAAGCGUCCUCAAGGAAGCCCUAGCACACAAAGGCGUCUCUUUGGUAGACGUGGCCAUUGACUACUCGGGGAAUCUCGAGCUGGCAAAGACCAUUGCUCAAGACCAAUGGAACUGAUCGCCACCUCAUACAAGUAGUUGAUAUCACAGUGGGCGGACACGGUUGACUGCUUAAAAUAAACUGCCUGGUCUAGCAAGGGACGGAGCUUCCUGGAAUCGAUAAUAGGUUCAGCCUUGUUGUGAUAUUAGCGUCGGGAUACUUGCCCAGCCUAGUAUUCCCCCUCCUUGCGCUCAGUUACGAGUGACUACAUAUAGCGGCCAGUCUUU